CUUGCGUUCAUCUGGCUGUUCGACCUUGCUGGAUGUUUUCUCUCUUGCAGAGCUCGUCGCGGUCAUGCUGGGCUUCAAGAUCUUUGGGGACUGCAAAGUCUUACCUUGGACAACACCGAUAUAUCUCUAGCACACCACAUCGACGUGCCGAACCCUCCGCACCGGAGACUUCUGCCAGUACGCCUACCAACCCCAAGGGCAAGGAAACGGACAAAUCCCCAGCUUCGGAUAAGCCGAAGCCCGACUCAGCAGACGCGCCUUUGCCGCUGCUACAGCGACCAUUGGGAUUGCGGGACAAACCUAAAGCGCGGGUUCAGACGUGGGAGGACACGAAGGAGAAGUUCCUUGACCAGGACAAGCGGCUGGAGGAACGCACGCAUCUGGCGCGAGAGGCAACCCGAGGUUACUUCACGGACCUUAACGCGACGCGCAAACAUGGCGGGAAGACAUGGAUCGCGCCAAAAGUCAUGAUCAGAGAAGACAAAGCUCUGUACUUUCCCGAUAUAUUCGGCACUGCACUCGUCGGAAAGGAGAAGGUGCACACAACAAAUCUCCUGGCGGGAAAAGUGUCUGUCGUGACCCUUCUGACAACACGAAUCUCCGAGCUUCAAACAGCGCAAUUUGUGGAACCAACGCAUACGAGCUUUAGCGAACACCCGCUAUACCAGCGCGUGCAGAUAAACUUGCAGGGCAACCUCGUGAAGUCGUUCCUGGUCUCGCUCUUCGCGUCGGGCAUCCGGAAAACGCUCCCCGAAUCGUUAUGGCCGACGUACCUCAUUUCCAGCCAGAACAUCGAAUAUCUGCGAGAACCGCUCGGAAUUGCCAACCGGCACGUUGGGUAUGUGUACCUCGUCGACCCGAAGCUCAAGAUUCGCUGGGCGGGCUGCGCGGACCCGAAGGCAGAAGAAAUCGCCGCUCUGAGGACAUGCACGAGCGUCCUCCUGGACCGGUCAACAAAGGCGCAGCUGCCGCCUGCGGACUCUGCCGGCACCGCGGAGGCGACGCAGAACUCGGCAGCAAAGUCGGAAUAAACGGCGGCGUGUCUUGCCCGUCCGUUGCUGGACGCAUUGGUUGGCCUCCCCCGUGUUUACUCGUAGACCCUACGGAAUACACAUCACUACACAUACCGCUAGAUACUCUAAUGACCAUGUUAGUGCUUGUGCUUGC